UGGUGUGGAGUUUGUGACGGCUGGGAGCUAGGCAGCGGGCCCAGGGCGAGCGGCGUCGGUGGUGGCUUCCCACUUUACUGGAACCUUCCCCUUCCUUUCUCCAAACAGCUUAUAUGACGAAUGUGCCAUGAAUUUGGGGGAUGGUUUGAAACUUGAAACACAUUUUUUUGAUGGAAAGCCUAAGUUAAUUUUAGCACCUUUUGAUGCUUCAUCAAAAGAUAUUAAAAGGAUAAAAUACAAGAAUAGAACAACAACGCACCAGCUGAGAUCUAAAGUUUUACAAGAAGUCCCUUCAACUGCUGAACAUAAUUCAAAGACUGAGAGGCUAUUACUGAAACAUGCUGUAAAUUACACUACUGUUGGAUCUGGGAAAGGACCAAAUACAGAACAGUUGAUUGUAGAUAAAAAAACUGAUAAAAGCAAAAACAACAGUGAAACAGCUCUCAAAAAUGGGCAGUCUGGAAAUAAAACUACUGUGAAGAAACAUGUUGCCACUAAGCAACAGCCAACAAAGAAGCAAAAGAUCUCCUCUGAGGUGUUAAAAGAGAGCUUGGUAUGUCUGACUCAAGAGCAACUCCAGCAAAUUCUUGCAUCUGUAAGUCAAGUGAAUGGAAAUUCCAACCAAAACCAGCAAAGAGACACGAGUUCAAAGCCAGAUAAAGAAGUUAAAGAAGCUGAGGGCACAUGUGAAGAUAAUGCAACCAAACCAAAGGAAUUUCUCUGUACCAAUAAUGAGGCUUCAAAAGACAAUAAUUCAUCUCAAAAUGCACAAGCCAAUAGUAAAUUUGUAGCAAAUGUUGAACAAGCAAACUCAUUGCAAACUGAUAAGACAGUGGCUGUUAGUACAUUCAGCCAAGUCAGUGAUGGUCUUUUCAGGCACCUUGGAGAACGAGACAAUGAAAAGGAUCAGUUGGAAGCGAAGAGACUCCAGUGGAAAAAAGAACUAGAUGAACAGGUGGCUUUAAAGAAACUGCUAGCAAAAGAUAAUGCAACUUCAGAAGUUCUGGAGUGGAAUCCAUGGGGACGCCCUGGUGCAGGAGCACCAGCACAAUCAAAAACAAAGUCGCAAGCCACGUUACCAGCCGCAUCCGGACCAUGUACUGACAGUCGAGUGAUUAACACAGCCCCCACUACAGUGAACACUGUGGAUAUAAGCAUUCCUUCAGAUCCUAAUGUUGGUAAAGCUUCGAGCUUUAGUUUUCCAGAUUUACCUGCUGCCAUCCGUUCAGCUUUUGUUCUCGGGGAAUCUGCACCACUAGAUCAUCCUUUCAGUGCAGUAAAACGUGAUCAACAAAAGAAGUGGCUCCAAGAACUGGAUAAACAAAGAGAGGAAGUAAAAAUUAGGAAGAUGCAAGAAAAGCUAAAAUAUUCAGAGGGCGAUGAUCACAACAGAUGGGCUAUACAUUUUGAUUCUUACCAGAGGAAACCUGAGCAACUGACUCCAAUUUCUGUGCACACUUCUGGAUCAACACUAGAAAAAUCUUCUGAAAAGGGAGAUGGAGAACAAAGUGCAUCAUCUGAGUUACAGCAGUUUCCUGUACUCAGUCACCAUAACUCUUCCACUGGAGAAAAUGUCAGCAACAUUGGCGUUUUUAUGGGACCUGAUGUGCUGUCUAACCCACAGAAGACUAGCUUUCUGCGAUCCAUGACUGCUUUAUUAGACCCAGCACAGAUUGAGGAACGAGAUUUACGUCGAAAGAAGCAACUAGAACACCAGAAAGCUAUAGCCAUCCAAGUGGAGGAGCGCCGCAGGCAGAAGCAGCUGGAAGAAGAUCAGAAACGCAAAGAAGAACAAAAGGAAGAACUUCGUUUGGCAAAGGAGAGAGAAAAAUUGAGACAACAAUAUGAGGAAGAAACACGAGCACAAAGGGAAAAAGAAGAAUUCCAUAAUCGUAAAAUCAACAUGCUUUAUGAAACUGUACAGAGGGCACAAGAGGAGGCACAAAGGCAGAAACAAGAACAGCGCAUUAGAGAGUUGGUUCGUAAAGGGCAUGAUAUUUCAAAUCUACAGAAGAAUGUAGAAGAUAUCACAGACUGCACAAGUUCCUGCACAGUACCUGGUAGCCAUGAUUGUGAAGAGGUUAGUGAGGUACUGGGACAAGCUGUGAUGGAAAAAGAUUCUUCAAGAAAAGACAGAGGUAUCCAAACGGAGGAUUUUGAGUUGAUUGCGAAAGUUGAAUACAGUGCAGAAGUUACAGACCAUAGUGCAGUGUCCGACACACUAGAAACAGUUGCAGAGUGCAACACUGUGCCAAUUACAAAGAAAUCCAAGAUGAAGCCAAGUGAAAAGUUUGUGGUGAUUGAAAAAGAAAAUGUUUUGUUAUAUGAUGAUUCAUGUCACCAACUUGCAAAAACUAAAAAAGGGAAAAAUGAAAAACGUCCAGAAUGGAACACAAACAAAACAAGUAAAAGGUACAUCCCUGCUUCAGAACGUUAUCCUAAAGGUCUACAGAGAGAGAGAAAAGUGAAAAAAAUGAGAAGACAGAUGGAACUAUUGCAGUUGUUGGAAAAAAAUGCUCCAGAGCAUCGAGUGAAGAAAAAGCAGUCUUCAAAAGAACCUGGAGUAGAGAGACCACCUUCACCAGUGGUGCCAGCACUACAAGCAAAAAUAGCUGUCUGUGUAUCCCCUCAACCUGUAGAAAAACAAGAAUUAUUUGUUCUGCAGCAGGAUGAUCCUGUCCUACAAGGCAAUUCAAACAGUAAAUCACCUGCUGACAAAGAUUACAGGUGUAUAUCUCCACCAGUUCCUGCACUGAGGAACAAACCUCUCCAAAUAGAGCAGAAGGAGCUCCAUUCAAUUCCAAAUAUGAAUGCAGGCGAAUGGUGCCAAAGGGCUAUAUUUGCUAAUGAAUCAGACAAUGACAGACCACCAUCAUCAAACUUUGUUCCUUAUGUGCGCACAGAUGAGGUGUACCAUUUGGAUCCUGAUGCACCACUGUCAAGGCCUUCAACAAAUGACCCACAAUACAAACAUUUCAAUGAUCACUUUCAGCAGCAAAACUAUAACUCAGACCAUUCAAGGGAUCCUCUCCUGAACCCUGAUUUGGUGAGAAACAGGGAACGACAACAAGCUAUUCUCAAAGGUCUUUCUGAGCUUCGCCAGGGCCUAAUGCAGAAACAAAGGGAACUGGAAACUGGUCUAACAUCCAGUCCUGCACAUGAAGAUGAACAGUAUUCAGUACCAUCUCAAACUGUAGGAUCACUUUGAAGCAUCUCCCUCUUGCCAGCUGACCAACCCAAGUCUGGAAAAUAUUCAGCUCAGAUUAAUCAAAUUUGAGUUUAUCAGUGAUAGCACUAGGCAGUUGUAGCCCUUUAGAAAUGAUUGUUGGCUACUAUUUUUAUUUUGUUUGUGUUAUCUACAAAGUUUAAAUAUUAACCUGGAAAAGAUGCAUCCAUGGCCAGGUGAUGCUUGAAGAAGAAAAACAUCUCAUUAAACACCUCAAAUGUUCCAAAGUAUUUCAUAUCCAGUUUACUUGCAGUGGUGUUGACCAAUACCCAGUACCUAUAGACCAAACAGAUUAGCCACUGUCUCAUAGCACACCAUUUAUUGAUUCAAAUGCUUUGCAAUUUCAUGGCAUUUGAAAAUGAUGUAGCUUCCAGGUUUCUUUGGGCUACAUUUUUUCCGACUUAAGAGCAGUGGUGAGAGGUACUGUUACUCCCAACUAUGUUCAGUUGUCAGGAUGCAAACAAUACUGGCAGGGUUGUACUUUUUUUGCCCAAUUUUUAUUUACCCAAAAUUGUGCAGAUUGCUUUCAUGAACUGAUGGUGGUUUUGUCAUCACGAUGCAUUAUUAGCUUUGUACUCUGGAUAAAGAGCAUAUGAAAGUUCAUUAGCAAAGAAAAUUUUAGUCUCCCAAAAUUUGUUUUCUUUAAGUUGACUCCUGAAUUUAAGGGCUGACAAAUGUUUGCAUCAUGUGAGAAGAUAAGCAGCCAAAUCAAAUAGGGUCAGAUGCUUCUGCUUUCCAGUAGUUAAUUACAUAGCAUUUUGCUCCUGAACUUUACUAAGGAAUUCUUUUAGUUCGGGUUAGCUAGUGUUGUUUGGCAUAAAAAGUCUGCAAGAACUGGGAGAACAUUAAAAUGUCAGAUACAUAUUUCAAAAACAAAGCAUCAAGUUUUUAAGGAACACCAUUAAAUUUGUGUUAGCAAUCAAUUUUAAAAGUUUAUAUUUAAGGGAGACUUCGAUAU